UGCCCUGGUUACGCCACCUGUGGCUCAGUUGCACAGCUGCCUGGUAGGUGACUGGAGGCAUUGAGCAGCGCUCACUGGUAUUUCGCUGAUGUGGCCCCAACCCCGCCUCCCUCCCCACCCCGCGAUGUCAGAAAAAACACAACAGGGGAAAUUGGCCGCAGCCAAGAAAAAGUUAAAAGCAUAUUGGCAGAGGAAGAGCCCUGGCAUUCCAGCAGGAGCUAACAGGAAAAAGAAAAUCAAUGGCAGUAGCCCUGACACAGCCACCUCUGGUGGUUACCACUCACCUGGGGAUAGCCAGUACCAAGAACUAGCAGUGGCCCUGGAUUCAAGCUCCGCAAUAAUCAGUCAACUCACUGAAAACAUCAAUUCACCGGUUCGCACAUCUAAGGAGGAGAAGAAGCAUAAGACACAUCGGGUACAGAAGCUUGGGAGGAGCUUGUUCAAAUUCAAAAAGCAGACGGCUGAACCCCUGGCCCCAGAGCCCCCAGCAGGGCCAUCUAAGGUGGAGCAGCUACAAGAUGAGACCAACCACCUAAGGAAGGAGCUAGAGAGUGUGGGAAGACAGCUCCAGGCUGAGGUGGAAAACAAUCAGAUGUUGAGUCUCCUGAACAGGAGACAGGAGGAGAGGCUACGUGAACAGGAGGAGAGGCUACAUGAACAGGAGGAGAGGCUGUGUGAACAGGAGGAGAGGCUGUGUGAACAGGAGGAGAGGCUACAUGAACAGGAGGAGAGGCUACAUGAACAGGAGGAGAGGCUACGUGAACAGGAGGAGAGGCUACAUGAACAGGAGGAGAGGCUGUGUGAACAGGAGGAGAGGCUACGUGAACAGGAGGAGAGGCUACGUGAACAGGAGGAGAGGCUACAUGAACAGGAGGAGAGGCUGUGUGAACAGGAGGAGAGGCUACGUGAACAGGAGGAGAGGCUACAUGAACAGGAGGAGAGGCUACGUGAACAGGAGGAGAGGCUACGUGAACAGGAGGAGAGGCUACGUGAACAGGAGGAGAGGCUGUGUGAACAGAAGCUGCCAGGGCAGGAGAGGCUGCUGGAAGAGGUGGAGAAGCUGUUAGAACAGGAGAGGCAGCAGGAGGAGCAGGAGAGGCUGCUGGAGAGGGAGAGGCUGCUGGACGAGGUGGAGGAGCUCCUGGAGCAGGAGAGGCUUCGGCAAGAGGAUGAGAGGCUGUGGCAGCAGGAGACUCUGCAGGAGCUGGAGAGGCUGCGGGAGCUGGAGAGGAUGCUGGAGCUGGGGUGGGAAGCCCUCUACGAGCAGCGGGCCGAGCCACGCAGCGGCUUCGAGGAGCUGAACAACGAGAACAAGAGCACACUGCAGCCGGAGCAGCAAGUAAAGGAGCUGAAGAAGUCGGGUGGAGCUGAAGAGCCAAGAGGCUCCGAGUCUGCAGCAGCAGCCAGACCAGUACCUGGAGCCCCAGUCCCAGGAGCUUGGGUGUGCGGACAAGCAGGGUGGACUCCCCAGGAGCACCCAGGCUUGAGUGGAGAAGCUGUUGGUACAGGAGAGGCGGCAGGAGGAGCAGGAGAGGCUGCAUGCCAUUCUUUUCGGGCCGCCGAGAACAGAGAGCUAAACAUCACCAUCAUCUAAGAGCGGGUCAAGAAAUUUAAAAAAAAAAAAAAAAAAAAACGUUUA